CAGAUUCUUUGCCAUUCAGUUUUUAUUAAACAGAACUGUACUAUAAAGACAUGAGUUUACACAUAGGAUUACAGUGCUCAAGUCAAGAAUAAAAAGGGAGUGAUGAUCCCUCAACACCAUCAUGCUUAUACAAUUAUACUGUUAUUAGCCAUGUAAAUUUGUGGCCAUACAUAAAUCUACACUAUUUUCGUAAUUUUUGGAAGCCUAAAGAAAAAGUGGCUGCAUAUUUAAGCUCGGAUUUAUAAUUUCUAAUCUGUUAAUCUAUACCUAAAAAACAGAAAAAAAGAGAAACUUGGGGACUCGGUCACGCAAAUGGUGCUGAUGUGAAUUUCAUUCAUCUAUACAUGGGAGUCAUAAUCAGCAACAUUAGGGUCGAUUUGUCCGGCCCUACGUCCUCUCCUCUAAAAGACAGAAGAAAAAGAAAAAACCCUCUUUUCUCAUGUUCUGAUUUUUCUUCCUUGUACAAACUCUCCCAUGAGCACCAGCAGAAAUCAAAGACCCAAAAACAAGAAAAUUACACUACUAUAAACAAAUGGACGCGUGUCAACAACAGCAACCACACCGCUACUUGAGACCAUCCCAACCACCACCCCCGGCUGAUCCCCACCUCCAACACUACCUUCAAUACCACCACCCACCACCACUGCCACCUGCAAGAGUAGCUGCACCACCAUCGCCGGGCUUAUGGCACUCCAACCAAUUCCAGUACCAGCAACAUCACAACCCAUUUCAUUCCACUCCAUCACCCCCUCUUCCUCGUCCCACUCAGCAACCUCCUUCCCAGUGUGGUCCACCUCCUCCCUCCAAUCAUUCUGCUUAUCCUCCACUACCUCCUCUUCCUUAUCCCCCGCACCCCCAUAAUGUAAGUAACCACUUCCCUCCGCCACCUCCUCCUCCUCCUCCUAUUAGACCCUUCAUGCCUCCUGCGCAGAUUCCCCAUACUUUCUCUCACGUUAAUCAGGAAUGGGGCAAUCCAAAUUGGUCUCAUCACCAAGCCCAUAACAAUGUGGAAGAUUGGGGAGCCAAAGCUAGAGAAUGGGUAAACACUAGGGCUGCCAUGCAGGACCAGCUGGUGCAAUCACAAACUACUCCAGCUGGCAGGGCAGAAGAACAAAAUUGUUUUCCUGAUCCAUAUUUACAAGCUGUUGAUUCUCAUUAUAUGGAUGCUCAACGGUCACUGCUGACUUCUAGCUAUCAACAGUUUCCUGUUCCAGCAGCUUCUCCUCAUAGACCACCAACUUAUCCCAAUGAGACUUUGUCUAACAGCUCUGGGCCAUCUUCAUGUAUUCCCGAUGGUUGUCUACCUUACCAUGUUAGAGAUGGAACUUCAGCUUUGGAUCCAAACAGUGGGUUUCUUCACCAAGAAAGUUUACCUACCAUUUCUUCUGUUCAUCUGCAGGAUGUACCUUCUACUUAUUAUUCUGUUUCAGGGAAGGAAAAUUCUGCAAAUCAAAAGCAGCAGUCAUAUAAGCCAUUGCCCUUGCCCAUCUCAACAGCUCAAGAGGCAGCAUAUCAUAUGGAAUCUCUGCCUGAUAAUGGUAGAUCAGUGCUCAGUGAGCAAUCUUUUGUGUAUGGCAGUCAGGCAGCAGAUUCAGCAGGUGGUCUUAGUGAUCAACCUUUAGUUUUUGCAUCUAGGUUUAGUAAUGAUCAUCACCCACAGAUGCCGUCUGAUUAUGCUGCUCAUCAUGAAUCAAUGGUAACUGUGAGAGGCAUUAAUCCCAUUGCCGCUGCAUCUUCAAUUAACUCUUGGACUCCUCCGGUAGCACCUUGUGCAGUUUAUCCUCCUGUAACCCCAGUUCUUCCAUCCGGAGCACAGCGUGAUCCAUUGUCAGUGCCUUCCCCUGUUUCUGGACACACAGCACCUUCAUUUCCAAGGUUUCCUGGGCCAAGCUUUCAGCCACCCGUUCCAUCAGCCAGUGCUCCAUUUGGCCUUGGUCCAGGAGCUCAACUUCAUACUGCUGCAGCCUUUCCUGGUGAUACAUAUGGAACCAUUUCUGAACGACCCAAAAAGGGUCCGGUGCCUAAUUGGCUUAAAGAAGAAAUAUCAAGGAACAAAGCCACUAAAGCUAAGUCUUCUCUAGAACAUCCUAAAGAGGAAACACAAUCCAUUGAUGAUGAAGCUGUUGAUAAAUCCUUGGCUAAACGUGAUCAAGCAGAUAGCAAAAGUAUUGAUUCUUCUUGGUCAAGUGAAGAAGAGGAUGAUGAUGAGGAUUAUGUUGAAGCAGCUAGAACUGCAGCUAUUAACCAGGAAAUAAAAUGGGUGCUAACUGAAGUCCUUUUAAAGGUCACAGAUGAGUUGUUUGAUGAAAUUGCAACCAAAGUUGUAAACGAAGAUGACUCAACAGUUGAAGUUGAUCACAACACUUUUGCUUCAAAUCACAAAGUAUUGCCAUCUUCUUUUCCUGUCUCAACUCCUAAGGCUUCUGCAAGGCUACUAGUUCCAGGUAAAGCAAAGGAGCCAGACACUGCAUGUGCUAGAGAAAAAUCUACUUCAAGCUCCCCUGGCAAUGUGCUGGGCCUUGCAAAUUAUGCCUCUGAUGAUGAGGAGGAUGAGGAUGAAGAUGAAGAUGGUAAAAUUCAAAGUUCCAGGAUGCCAGAUUCAAGGAGUAAUGCUGCUGUUGCGCAGUCCAGCAUUAAGAAGCUUUCACAAGACAAUGAUGCAUCAGAGAAUGGCAAUUCACAGAUGGUACUUGAGGAACACAGGGGGGUUGAAAAGAAUUUUGGAAGUGAUAUGAGGUCAAAAAACAAUAGAGACACCCCUGCUAAUAACAGUGCAGAUAGGAACCAUGAAAAGUUAUUUUUUUCCAAGGUGGUUUCUGAAGAUGAAAUCAACUUUAAUAGUGGAAAACUGCAAGAUGGAAAUAAUGGUUCUGGGAUGAAUUAUACUUUAGGGGAAUGGGUGAUAAAGAAAUCUGAUUCUGAGCUGCCUGACAAAGAUGCUGGUAGAAAAUCAACAAAAUCUGAAUCUCAAGGUAGGGAAACAAGAGUAAAAUCAGAUAAGAAUGAUCGACAUGAAAGUAGAAAGAGUUCUUUUGGGAAAGACCUUGGUAGUGGUAGGGUGUUAGAGGUCAGUAAGAGCAGGGAAGAUGAGAAGGGAGAUGAGAAUCAUGUGAGAGAGGAUGAGAGGCUUAGAAAGCAAAAGAUUGAAGAUCGAAAUGGCUCAAAGGAGAGUGUAGAAGAGUCUAAAUAUGGGGAAAAAGCCAAGGAAUCUGAUUCAAGAAAGCAAUCCAAUUAUCUUGAUGCCAAGGAUGGCAAGAAAGAUGUGGAGAGACCUCAUAGAGCUAGUGCCAAAGAAGAUGUUGGCAGAAAAAGAGAACGGACAAAAGAAGAAGAUAGAUCAAGACAUAAACGUGGAAGUGACUCAAGCAGGCAGAAGAGAAGAAGCUCCUCGUCCAUUAGCAGUAGAGGCAGAAACAGCAAGGAUAACUCCGGCAAUCAUUCUAAUGACUCAAGUGAUGAAGCAUCAGAUGGUUCUAAGAGGAAGUUGCACUCAAGAAAACUGCACUCAUCACCUUCACCUGUCAGGUCUAGAAGAAGACAAGUUUCGCGGUCACCACAUAGCAAGCAUUCUCAGCGCAGGCAUUCUCCCUACGCUUCUUUUGAGACUAUCAGGGCAAGAAGACCAAGAUCAAGAUCAUCUGUUCGCCGAUAGAGAUGAUUGAAACAAAGAGUUUCAUUUGGUUGGUGCAGGUAUCGAGAUCACUUGGGAUGUAAGUGGAUUCUGCAAAAGAAUUCUAUGUUAUCUAAAAGUUUCAAAUGAGAGAGUCAAAAUAUUGGCUGCUAAAAGGUGGAAGUGUAAAAGAAGCCUUUUAUACCACCUCUCCCAAGGACAAGAAUAUUGUUGCAGGAAUCAAGGAGGGAACGUUUAACUUCUGUACAACAAAUUUCUCCAUUACCGUUCCUGUUAGGUAUGUGAUCAUGCAAAAGAGUGACUUGCUUAAUAUGCCUGUCAGUUUCUUGAGAUGUUUCUACGAUAAGUAUAUUAACUAGAAUAACUUGAAAAUAUUCAGUUUUCAUUUCUGUGUUGUACUUGUUUUGUAUUAGAGGACCCUUUCUAGAAACAUGCUGUUUCAAUAUUUUUCAUUGUCAUUCUUCUACCAUCUACCCAUAGAUUUAUCCUUGAGAUAUCAGUCAGCUACUUUCAUGCCAUGAUUUGGCAUAAUUUUAUGCGCUUGAUUAGAUUAUUGGGAAAACUUUCUCGUCGAGUGAAUGCUUUUCUAGUCGU